UUAUUCCGUUAUGUCAACUCUAUUACAAGUUUUGGGAAGGAAUGAGACAGAAUGGCUGGAUGCUGUGGCUGUCAUGUAUGAUGACUUCCACAUAAAGCAGUUACAAACAUACAGACAGUUAUACAGUAUAGCAGAUAAAGUAUCUGGUGCUUUAAACAAGGAUAUGGUUCAUAACUCGGUAAUAGCUGUAUGUAGAAAAACUGACCUCUUUACUCCGGCUAUCCUCUUUGGAGUAGUCCAGAGUGGUCACGCUUUCUUUAAUUUUGACAAGUAUGGUGUAGAUGGUGCCACAGCAUUUUUCCCAAGGAUGAAUGUCAGUAAAAUUCUUGUCCAGAAUGAUGAUACACAGGUCAUAGAGAGACUGAUACAGAAGUUUGGUGGAGAGGUGACUACAAACUCACUUUUAUCAUCUCUAGGAUUAGUUCUCCUCAAAAUUCAACAAAGAAGUGAGAAAAAAGAAGGAAUUCCUAAUAUAGCUUAUUGUAUUACGACAUCUGGUUCUGCAGGGCAACCUAAGCUAGUACAAGUCCCACACAGGUGUAUUAUACCAAACAUCACAGAUAUCAGGAGUAUUUAUGAUAUGAAGAGUAAUGAUGUGGUAUUACUGUGUUCACCUUUGACUUUUGACCCCAGCAUUGUGGAAAUUUUUGUGACCUUGACAAGUGGAGCCAGUCUUUUGAUUGUACCAGAUCAUGUUAAAGCCCAGUCCAAGAAAUUACUGUCUGUAAUUUAUAGGAGGAAUAAAGUUACAGUCCUACAGGCAACACCCUCCUUGAUACAAAGACAACCUGCUGCUGAUGUGAGAGAUUCCAUCUUGAGUUCAUCAUCCAGUCUGAGGAUUCUUGCCUUGGGUGGAGAGGAGUUCCCUCCCCUGAGUAAGAUUCGUGAGUGGCGAGCUCCAGGCAAUCGGACUCGCUUUAUCAAUUUGUAUGGAAUCACCGAGGUCUCCUGCUGGUCAAUGUGUCACUAUGUGGAGGACCAGGAGUUCUGGAAUAGUGAUGAAGAAGUUCCCCUUGGUAAACCAUUGUCACAGUCCAGUUACAGGGUCCUGAAUGAAGAAGGAUUGGAGGUGGUAGAGGGAGCAGGAAAGUUAUACUUAGGGGGUCAAGACAGACAGUGUAUCAUAGAUGGUGAGACAAUGGAAUCUGGUCAGAACUUCCGAGAUUCAGGUGAUUUAGUAAGAAUUGACGGCCGAGGCAGAAUUACGUAUGUUGGCAGACAAGACAGACAGGUCAAGAGGAAUGGCUGCCGACUUAACCUGAUGGAAAUUGAGAAGGUAGCACUAGCAGACCCGGCCAUUUCUGAAUGUAAAGCAGUGAUGCAUGAAGGAAGACUGAUAGUUUUUGUAGUUCCACAGCAGAAAACACAUACAAUUAAGGACCAUCUACAGUUAGUUAUAGGGAGAAUGCUGCCUAGGCAAUAUACCCCAGACAACAUCAUUCCCAUUCAGGAGAUUCCCAUUACAAAACAUGGUAAGAGUAAGGCUGUAAAAUACUGUAUGUUACAAUUAUUUCUAGCAACAAUAUGCCUGAUUAAACAUGUAAAUUUAACAGGUAAAUGUGACUUCCAUGCUUUAUUGUCCCAGUAUCUGAACAGCCAGGAUAAAUUUAAUGGUCAUUCUUCAGCCACAGUUGAAGACACUGUAAGAGAAGAGUGGAUGAAAUUACUUGGAGGUUGUGAUUUAACAAAGGAGAGCAAUUUCUUAUUGAGUGGAGGUGAUUCUUUCUCUGCUGUGAUGUUAGCUAGAUCUAUUGAAGAUCAAUAUAAAUUAACUGUAUCAGAACUGGUUGACAUUAUUUUACAUGAUACAUUUUCUGAUAUAGUAAACUGUAUGGAAAAACACAGAAAAUCAUUUAAGUUAAAGCAGUCCACAGACAGGGGAGAAAACCUCCCUAUGUAUCAAGUUAUGACUGAUGGGGACAAGAAAAGAAAAAUAGAGUCCAUCAGUAAAGUAUGGGCAGCAUGUCGUUGUAUCAACAGUAGUGUGAUGAGAGGUAAUCAGUAUUUCUGUAAGACUUGUAUGACUAAUGUCUGUAAGCCCAGCUUAAUAACUGACUUUAAAUCUAACUGGACUAUUGACAAUAAAUGUAACAAGAUCAUGGGCAAUACCAGUAAACCUAACUCUACAGAACAGAUGCACAGUGAUAUAGAGAGUUACACAGAUACAAAAUCUAAUCCACUCAAACAAAGAUUGAGUUCUGCAGAAAGAGACAGAACAAAAGUGAAACUGGAACAGAAGUGGAGUUUUAACACUGGAAAAUGUGUGGACGCCUCUCCUCUUGUUGUCAAAGCCAGUUCUGGGUUCCAUGAGGUCUACAUUGGAUCCCAUUCCCAUCACAUGUAUGCUCUGGUCGCUGAGACAGGAGAACUUCUGUGGAAGACACAGCUGGGGGACAGGAUUGAGUCCUCAACAUGUAUCAGUCUGUGUGGAAAAUAUGUUGUUGUAGGGUGUUAUGAUGGUGGAGUGUAUACACUGACCAGAGACACUGGGAACAUCAGAUGGCAGUAUAAAACUAAAUCAGCAGUAAAGAGCUCUCCUGCAGUGGACCCCAUCACUGGAUGGCUAUAUAUAGGGUCACAUGAUCACCACGUUCAUACACUCAGUAUUGAGGACCAGAGAUGCCAUUGGAGAGUAGAGGUGGGUGGGGGUAGUGUGUUUUCCUCCCCGGCGGUGUCUACUGACCCUCAUUAUGUCAGUGCCUGCUCCCUGUCAGGUCACAUAGCAGCCAUACACCCUACUUCUGGCUGCAUCAUUUGGAUGUAUAAUACAGAGAAGCCGAUAUUUUCUUCCCCUGUUAUAACAGACACUGGUCCGUGUGUCGGAUGUGUGGAUGGCAAUUUGUAUCAAUUAGAUCACCUAGGAAAUUUGGUGUGGAUUUUUCCAACUGCAGCACCUGUGUUUUCAUCCCCAUUGGUAGCACCUGUCAGUACUGCCUCUGACAUGACCAGUACAUUAAUCCUGGUGGGAUCUCAUGACUGCUGUGUGUACUGUCUGACUCCUGACGGCAAGCAAGUCUGGAAACAUCGCUCAACAGACUUUGUGUACGCCACAUGUUUCUGUUUUGGAGACAGGUCUAAUGACCACAAUAAUUUAAACGAAGGUGGAUUAAAGAUCUCAAGUAACACUCAGAAUCAAAUGAAUAAGUCUAGAACUCUCAACACUACAGCUGAUUUCAAUCAAUUUAGUUAUGAAAGCAUGCAGUGUAAAUACCUGUAUUGUGUGGUCACCUCAAAAGAUGGUAAAAUAACAAUCAUAGACACAGAUACAGGACAAGAGGUGAAUUCAGUCAAGUUACCCGGGGAGGUAUUUUCCUCUCCUGUGGUGGUGGGAGGCUUACUUACUUUGGACAAGGUGGUACGCAGUACUGUAAGGAUGGGGAAAGACAAAUCCUCAAAACCAAAAGAAAAAGACAUCAAAGCUGCCACGUGGUCCAGUCGUCUCCCCUCGUCUGGGGACUCAGAGACCACCAAUGGGGCACCCUACGGGUUUGGACCUUCACAGGACAACAUUGGCACAUUGUCAGACCAGGAGGUCCUCGAAAGAUUUGAGAAGCUGCUGGACGACAUGAACCUGACAGAAGAGAAGAAGGCCCCACUGAGAGCCUGGGAUAUACCUGCCAAGAAAAACAUGCUGUCCAUGCAGGUCACAGCAGUCAAGGCCAAACAGAGAGAUCUGGACACACCGCAGAACUUUGUGGCAGAGCUCCGUAAUGCUGAUUUAAAGGGAGAGAAGCGUCUGCGAGUGUUAGAAUCUCUACGAGUGUCCUUGACAAGUAACCCUGUCAGCUGGGUGGUUGAGUUUGGACUGGAUGGUCUUAAUGGAAUUCUACGGAACUUGACCUAUUGCUGUGACUCUAAGACAGAGAGGAAGAGUACAUACGAAUGUGUCAGAUGUUUGAAAGCUUUCAUGAACAACAAAUUUGGGCUGAUGCAGAUUAUCCAGCAUGACGAAGCCCUGACAAUUCUGUCACGGACCGUGGACCCGUCAGACCCUACCACCAUGUUGGAGGCCGUACGUCUGCUCGCCGCCAUUUGUCUGGUCCCACCUGAUGGGCAUGAGAAAGCGUUGGAGGGUAUAACAGUGUGUGGGGAGAUAAGGGGGAGGGACAGGUUUAUCCCUGUGAUUAUGGGGCUAGGGAUGAGAGACAAUCAGCCCAUGCAGGUGGCCUGUAUCCAGUUAGUGAAUGCCAUCGUCAGCACACCAGAUGAUCUGGACUUUAGACUUCAUCUACGUAACGAAUUCAUGAGGACAGGACUCAUUGAUUUGAUUGGUUCACUAAACAGUCAGCAGGAUGAAGAACUUCAGACUCAUUUACAAAUUUUUAAAGAUCACCAGGAUGAGGAUUUUGAAGAAUUUUCACAUCGCUAUGACAACAUCAGGGUGGAAUUUGAAGACCCCCAGCAGUGUUUUACACUGGUCCAGAACUCGGUGAAGGACACGAUAGCUGAGCCUUACUUCCUCUCUAUACUCCAACAUUUACUCUGUAUCAGGGACGACAUGUUUUCUAGGCCCCAGUAUUAUAAAUUAAUAGAAGAGUGUGUCACUCAGAUAGUGCUGCACAGAAGUGGGACUGACCCAGAUUUUAGACACACAAAACGAUUUGAAAUUGAUGUUGAACCUCUUCUUAGCAAUUUAACAGAGAAGUCCAAAUAUGAAGAUUUUGAAGGCAGUAUAAUUGAGGUUAAUAAUAAGUUAGAAACAGCCCUCACGGCGAAGCAGGAAUCCGAGGCUCGAGCCAUGACCCUGGAGGAGAAGCUCAAACAAUACGAACAAGAGGUGGCUGACAUGAAAGAGAAGAUUCGACAGGGCAUUGGGGACACAAUCAUGGCUGGUAAAGGUCCCGGAGGAACAGGUGUCCCUCCCCCACCCCCAGCUCCGCCACCCCCCGGGGGAGUACCUCCCCCUCCACCACCACCCCCUCCACCUGGUGGUGCCCCACCUCCUCCACCCCCACCACCAGGAAUGGGACCUCCUCCUCCACCCCCACCCCCUGGGGCACCAGGAGCACCACCUCCCCCUAGUAUUGUGAGUCCACCUUCCAGCAAACUGCCAUACGGAAUGUCUCCCAAAAAGAAGUAUGAGUUAGGAGUUCAGACAAAACGCAUCAACUGGAAUAAGGUGCAAGCAAAUAAAAUGGAUAAAGAGGCAUUCUGGGUCAAAGUCCAUGAAGACAGAUUUGAGGACCCAAAUUUAUUUGCAGGUCUUGUUGAGAAUUUUGCAGUUGCAACCAAAGGGAAAAAAAAGGAGACUGAUCAUGAACAGGUGGAAGUGAAGAAAAAAGCUAAAGAACUAAAAGUCCUGGAUCCAAAGUCAGCCCAGAAUCUCUCGAUUCUUCUGGGUUCAAUCAAGGUGCCCUUCACAGAAAUAAAGAGGCGAAUCCUAGAGGUAGACGAGGAUAAUUUAACCACUGCUACUAUAAAAGACUAUGUUACGGUACAUGAUUUGGUGGCAGCCAAGGAGGCGUUAGAAGAAAUCAAAACUAGCGGCAAAUUCGCUAAAAUCUUAGAACUGAUUUUACUGAUAGGCAACAUUCUAAAUGCUGGGUCAAGGAAUGCUCAGUCUGUAGGAUUCGACAUCAGUUUUCUUCCAAAGCUCCAAAACACAAAGGCCAGUGAUGGAAAAACAACUUUGGUCCAUUACUUAGCUAAGAUCGUGGAGGAGAGGUACCCAGAUCUGAUAUCAUUUUCUGAAGAGCUGUCUUAUGUAGAGAGGGCGUGUAGAGUGUCAGAUGAGCUGCUACAGAAGAAUCUGAAGUCGAUGGAGAAGUCCCUGAAGCAGCUGGAAAUCGACAUCAAGAAUCUCAAGAAGACGCAGAGCGAGGAAGAUAGAUUCUCCAGCGUAAUGAACGAGUUCAUCUCCUCCGCCAACAGCCAGUACGAAGUCAUGAAGGGCAUGUACAAAAUGGUGGACAAUUUAUACAAAGAAAUGGGCAAAUAUUACACGUUUGAUGUCAAGAAGUACGCCAUGGAGGAGUUUUUCAACGAUAUCAAAGUGUUUAAGGAGUCAUUUGUGCAAGCACUUAAGGACAAUGCAAAGAUCCGUGAGACAAAUGAGAAAAUAAGGCGAGCUAGAGAGGCCAAGGAACGUCAGCAGAAGGAGAGAGAAGCCAAACUGGCCAGGAAAAAGGCUCUUGUGGAUAUGACUAUAGAUGAUGAUCAAGAAGGUGUGAUGGACAAUUUACUGGAAGCCCUCAAAACGGGGUCUUGUUUCAAUCGAGAGAAACGGGAUGCUAAACGAAAAACGCCGCGGGCAGCUGGAGCUGAGAGAAGGGCCCAGUUAUCCAGGUCAAGGUCACGCCAGAAUUUACUCAACAUGGACAAUUCCACAAUGAUGGAGAUAAACUUUGAUGAUUCUUCUGUAGACACGCCCCCUCGGCCCCCCAGGGUUAACCAUGAGAGACGGGAGGCUCGCCGCGAGUUAGACAUGAGAACUAGCUUAGUGAAGAAAGACUUAAACGACAACGAGGAGAGGCGGCGUAAUAGUCGUCAGAAAGAUUUAAACGACAACGAAGAUAGGAGAAGAAAUAGUCGACAGGAGGACGGUGGUAGGAGGACAAAUCGUGAAGAAAAACCUCGCAGCAGUGUUAACGAUAACGGAAUGUCAGAGGCCGAAAAAAUAUUAGCAAGACUUAAAGACCUCUAGCACCUAUGGCUUUGUCUAUAGAAUAUUUCUAUGUAUACUGAUUGCUGAUUACUGUAAAAUUAUUAUUGUAAAUAAUUUGUGAAUGUGUGGCAGAUAAAAGGCCUUUUACACUUCAGAUACGCAGAAAAUUUUAUUGCCCAUUGUGAUGAGAGUAUGUGCCUAAUUCAGUUAAAACUGUGCUAUAAACGCAGCUAAUUUCCCUGCAACACUGAGUGUUGGAUUGACCUGUGCCAUUUGUGGGCUCGGAUCAAAAGGGUAGAUAAAUUAUUUUUUAACACGCUUUGUUCUAUUAUGUCAAUAAUGGCUCUGGGUUAUAUUUUCCAUGUACAUGUAUGUGCCAAAUGUGUUGUGACUUAAAACUUAUAUAGUCAUUUGCCCUUUAUACUUUUCUCAUUCACUUAAAAUUAAUUAUUCUUUAAACAUCUUUUUCUGAAUUUAUAACUCAACACUUUAUUUUUUUUUUUUUCUGUUUUUUUCUCCCCAUGAUUUUCAUUUAUGCAAGACCACUGUGCCUAGUCUCUUCUUCUGUCAAAUGACAAGUAACACUAUGUUCCAAUAUUUUGUGGCAUUAUUAAUGACAAAGUACUGCAAAAGUGAUUAUUUACACAGGGCUGUAAGUUUUUGUCAGACAUUCAUCACUUGUGGGAAAAGCUUUGGUGUGUUUUAUGGUAACAAUAAUUCCAGAUAAUGCUUUGUUACCAUACCAAUGAAAUCUGACAUGGUUUUAAGCUGACCAUGAGAUAAAUUUUCCCAAACAUUUAGAACCACUUCUGUAGUAAUGGUUUUCCAUAGACGUUGAAUGUUUUGUAUUUCUAAAUGUCUUACCGUAAAUAUAAUUUUAUAGAGAAGUCAAAUUGUGUACAAUGCUGAACAUUUAUGUCCCAGAUAGUAGAAAUGUAUAGAUAACUUUGUACAUGUGUAAUAUAGGCCACUUUGGUCAUCUAUGGUAGAUAACUCCGUACAUACAACUUUAUGCUGCCCAGGUUAGUCUGUUUAUCUGUGAUACAUAUGUAUUUAUUAUAAACUGGUCCCUACUGUGACCUCGAAGGAAUCCUUGGCCACUCAGGGGGACCAGUCAGCUGUAUAUUCAGGACAUGUCAUUCAUCACUUAUUAUUAACACUGGCUCUUUUUGAGAUCAUCAUAUUAACCUCAUUCCAUUCCAUCUGUCAUGCUAAUGUGUAAGAAUAUAAAGUUAUUAUUGGAAAGGAAUUUGUAUUUUAAGUUGCAGUCUUCAAAAAGACAUACAAGUAUUGUUACUUUCUGAGUUUACCAUGACAUGAAAAUUCAUUCACUACAAGUGUAAAAAUUGUUUAAGAAAUGACUAUUGUACCUUUAUUUUGGUAAUUUUAUGAUCAGAAGAUUUAGAUCUGAUACAGAAUGAGAGAAGGAUUUUUAAGUGCAAUAUUCCUGUUUCACUUGUUAUUGUGUUUCUGUUUAUUGAUUAAAUUUUUGCCAGGAUGUGUUCAUUACGUCUGUGUCGGAGCACAGAACGCCAAAAUAUUAACUCUAAACGCAUUCCACAUCACUGUUUUCUUAUUUAUGCUGAGAUAACUUUGUACUUUUUUUUAUAAGUUGUUCACAGUUUACAAGUUAAGCAGCACUACCACUUGUAGCAAACUUACAAAUUCCAAAGACAAGAGAAGUGAUGUCAGUGUAGUCAAUGUAGAAUGCUAUUUUAGAUGGAUAAAUAUCUGUAUAUGUAGAUCAACUUCAGGUUUGAAAAAAUCUAUUGUAACCCUUUGAAUUUCUGUGUUCAACACGAGU